AUGUUUGUUCAAUUAACGCAGCACUACGAGAAACUAUUUUUCGAAGACAUGCACGCGCUCAACGUUCUCGACCCAGACGAAAUCACUCGCGUCACCGAGUUUGUCCCGCAAAUCAACGAAUUCGUGGAGAAGAUCAUCGAAAAGGGUUUUGCCUACCAGACCGAACAAGGGAAUGUAUACUUUGACAUUGAUUCUUUUGAAAAGGUUGGUAACGCCUACUGCCGACUGGAGCCCCAGAAUCGUGGCAAUCAAGAGCUACUCGCCGACGGCGAGGGCGGUCUAUCUAAGAAACGUAGCGACAAGCGCUCGAAAAAUGACUUUGCGCUCAUCAAGAAGAGUAUGCCCGGCGAGCCCGCAUGGCCGUCAAAAAGAUGGGGGCCAUCAAGGCCGGGUUGGCAUAUUGAGUGUCAUGGCCUCAGCGGUCCUAGGGCCGACCAUGGACAUUCACAGGUGAACCAAAUGACUACAAAAAUAUGUGUGGAUCUCAAAUUUCCACAUCAUGAUAAUGAGCUAGCACAGAGUGAGGCGUAUUGGCUGGGCGAGGAAGGCUGCGCUGCAAGUAAUCAUACCUGGGUUAGAUAUUUCCUUCAUAUGGGGCACUUGUCCAUCCAGGGCCAAAAGAUGAGCAAGAGUCUAAAAAACUUCACCUCGAUUCGCGAGGCCUUGACACUGGGCGAGGACGGCAUACCGGCGUGGACAUCGAGAUUGGUGCGCAUCGUGCUGCUUCUUGGCUCAUGGAAGGACGGCGUAGAGAUUACCGAAGGCCUCGUCAACAUCGCCAAAGGCUGGGAAGAAAAAAUCACAAAUUUCUUCCUCAAGGCCGUUGAUAUUGAACUUUCCACCAAGGACACCACUAACAACCAACCCUCGUCCUCUAGCCCCCUUUCCGCUGCCCUUGAAAAGGCUAAGAAGGAAACCGACGCCGCCCUCUGCGACUCCUUCAACACCCCCUUAGUUAUGCAAUUCAUCUCUAACCUCGUUACCGAAGCUAACUCCGCCAUUUCUACUGACGCCAACACCGACACUGCCACCCUCCUCUCCAUAGCCCACUGGAUCACGCGUAUCAUCACUAUAUUCGGCAUCAACGGCAGCGCCAGCCCCAAUACCACCACCAUCGGCUGGGAAGGCGUCUCUAUCCCUAUCCCUGCACAACCCGUCAUCUACAGCCUCAGCCAGAUACGCGACGAGGUCCGCCGGCAAGCCCGCGCCAAGGCCAUUGUGCCAGAAGUGCUAGAGAAAUUGGCCUCGCAGUCGCUACCAGCCACUCCCAACCCGGAGAACCUACCAUAUGUAACAGCAUACCAGACAUUUCAAUCGCAAGUCAAGACCGCGCUCGCCCAACCCGCCGGCAUCGAAACCGAACUCCUCCGCCUCUGCGACUCAUUGCGCGACACAGUGCUAUGGGACCAGGACAUUUACCUGGAGGACAGAGACGCGCCGCUGCCAGCGCUGGUGCGACCGCUCGAUGCCAGCAUGAAGGCGGCGCGCGCGGCUAAAGAACGUGCGGUGGAGGAGAAGCGCUUGGCUAAGGAGCAGCGUUUGGCGGAGGAGGCGACGAAGAAGGCUGCGGCAGCUGAAAAGGCUAAGGUCCCGCCACAGGAUAUGUUCAAGACGGAUGAAUUUUCUGAGUGGGAUGCGAAUGGGGUACCGACGAAGUUGAAGGGCGGAGAUGAUUUGCCGAAGAGUCGGAAGAAGAAGCUAGAGAAGGACUGGAAGGCGCAGAAUGCGGCGCAUGAGAAGUGGAAGAAUGAGCAGAAGUAG